GCGUAGCACGGAGGUCUGAUCAGAAACGAGAACUGCCAUUCGCCGGGAAGAGCUCUGUGAAAAAGUGACCGCUGACGAAUGCCGAGAAAUCAUCGGCCACAGUGUCAACGAAAUCUUGAUAACCCGAAGGAAUUUCGGACUGAGCUUUCGCGUGAUUGUUUCUUUCGAUCGGUUCGAUGGGAUCGAAUGGUUCAUGAUGGGCUCAUCGCGAGUGAGUUCGAACGUGAGAUCGUGUUGGUAGAAAUUCGCCAUUCAGUGUGAGUUCAAUAUUUUUACAAGUUGAAGGUUGAAUCGAUUGACGAAUUUUGUAAGUGUGAAGAAAACGGGAACGUUUGUAAAAUCCUGUCGUAAUUGUCGUUCGAGAUUAUUAAGUUGGUUUCUUUGAUUAGACCGGCAUUGGCUACGGCGCGUGCUUACAAAACCCCCCACCACCUGGUCCCUUUGCUACCCCUUUUUCUCCCAUGCGCGCUAUCGUACAUAAGUACGUCCGUGUCAUUCCGUGGCGUAGUAAAAUAUUAGACGGGAUCUAACCUCUUGUCGAAGAGGUUUCCACGCUCAUUUUGUAGUUAAACGCUAUGCAGUCCGCGACGCGGUUUUGUUUAAAACGAUGCUACUCUGAUCGGUAGCGAACGCUCGGUAACAGUUUUAUCGCCUGAAUGGAGUUAUAUUUGUGUAACGUAUGUGAAUUUCGACCACUUUCAAGAAAGCAGAAUUGCGACUGUAACGUUCGUCUUGAAAACCGUAAUCGACCAAAAGAAUUGUUAAUGUUGAAAUUACGCCAAAGAAGAAAAUUUGUAUGGUGCUCGAAAAGUAUUAACGACCUAUAUCAAAAUAUUGAUCUCAGGAUUCUUGACCAUUUGAAUUACUUAAUGGAUUUGUGCCUUAAAUUUUUAGUAGCAAGUGACCUUAGUCCUACAGAUAGAGGAACCAAAAUUGGUUACAAGUGCCUUAAUAGCCGAAAUAGAUAAAUCGAUUCGUAAUAAGUGUUGAAACACGAACAAUGGUUAUUUGUACCGUUAUAAAUCAUUAAGAUCGUUUCAAUGCUCUAUUUGAAGUUAUUAAAGUGCUUUCCUUUUAAAUAAGAGCGUUUAACUGGUGCUAUACAAUUCCUUCAGUCAUAUUGUGAUAAUACAAUUCAAAGAUCUCGAUUCUAAUUGAGACGUCACGCGACGUUUGAAUGAUAUUCUACAAUUUCAAAAGUUACUGUUUCGUAGCAAGAGAUACGCGAAUGAAGAGUUGAACGUUGACAAUUGUUUUUGAUAUUAUUAAUGUUUUUAAAAUGUAACGAAUUCAGAUUCCGAAGAAUAAUUUCCGAGGAGUCGACGACCGUCGUGGAGAAGAAUAGACGGUGACCUCAUGCUUUACUUAAGCCGUUGUGACCGACAACGAGACAAUUGGAUCUUGGUUCGGGUCAUCAGCUUCAUCAUUUGGUAGAAAAAAGGCCUAUAGCCUAUCGAAAACUUUGGCAAAAUCGCUCGUUUAGCAGAGAUCGUAACAAUAACAGCGUUUUAUUAAAUAUCUGUUUAUGCUUACCAAUUUUUCAACAAGAAAGUAUACGCUCUCGUACCUGUUAUGUUAUAAGAAUCAUAAAUAAUUUCAAUCAUUUUUUUGUAUAAAAAGGAUAUAUAAUCUGUCGUUACUCAUUGAUACAUAAAACGAAAGAAAUGUCUUAGAAAUAAAUGGUACUGUUAUUCUUGUAAAAUAAAAAGUGCAAAUUAGAAACUCUUAAAACAAAACCGAAUGAUACAUAGGAGUAUACCUUUAUGCUGGAGUGAUAUUUUUUAGUAUUAAAGAAGAUAUAAUUCUAAAAAGAAUCAUUGUCAGGCAACUUUGAUAAUCUUCAAGAUUUUAGUCGUUAAAAGAUAUUCUGAUCCAAAUUUAAGUAUCAAAUCGAAUAGUCGUCUAACCGUCUGUAUCGAUAAACAUCUUUGUCUUCGAAGGGAGAGCGUGGUUUAUUUAUAAGUCUAUCAAUUAGACUCGUCCUCGAAAGGCAUUAGAGUCGAUAAGUUACUCGUUCUCUUCGCUAUUCUCACAAUAUAAGCUCGUUCUGCAAUCGCCACGAUUCGAGCUUGUUAUUUUUAAGAAAGAGCAUUUUGUAUUAAAAUUACAUUGAACGAUUUUGCGUUCAUGCACUUGAAAAAGACUGAUGAUAACAGACUUUACCAACGAUCGUUUCGACCACGUUGUAACGUUGUAUGUAUUCGCCCAGUGAAUGAAACUUUUUGGCUUGGCUAUUAAAGCAGAAAGGUGAUCAAAAUGACGACUAUGGGAGUUACUGUAUUUUGUAAUAGGGUACAAAUAAAUGGAAAUGAUCAAGAGCAACUAAUGUUGCUAAGAACGUUGCAAGAUAACGAAAGCAACAUAAUCGGCAAUCAAACUCAUCUGAUAGUCCCCAAAAAUAAUAAUAAUACUAACGCAACCGCUUCUGCAACCGUGUUGCCGCCCUACGAUCCCUCUAGAUUGAAGAAACACGGAAAAAACGGACAGCCGCCGCCUGUUGCAGUUGCAAGAAGAAAUGCACGCGAGAGGAAUCGGGUUAAACAGGUGAACAAUGGAUUCGCAACUCUGAGACAACACAUUCCGAGUCACAUCGCUGCAGGUUAUGGCGAUAGAGGCAAGAAAUUGUCGAAAGUAGAAACCCUGCGAAUGGCCGUGGAGUACAUUAGGGGACUUCAAAGGUUGCUCGCCGAAGCUGAUGGGGUUGAAUACGAUUCGAAUGUUGGUGCUACACAGUGUAUGCCUUCGCCCACCAGCAGCGUUGUUUCAUCGAGUCACAACGGUUCUGGGGAGAGACUCGUCUUGGAAGACGAUGUCCUUGCUGCCGAAGACGAUGAUGGCGAACAGCUAGAUGAAGACGAAGAAAUUGGAAAACAGAAAACUACAUCCAAAUUGUCACCAAAUCGAACUGCAGUUACAUCGCCCCGUGAUUACUACUCAUCUUCGAUAGGGGAUGAAGAGAAUCUCGAACCAAGGACUCUAUCAAACACGCAGAAUUUUUCCCGACUCUCGCCUAAUUCGGUAGCAUCUCCACCUUCGGAAUAUUAUGGACAAAAUGAAGAGAACCUCGAGCCUCAAAUUCUAUCGCCGUAUAGUGGCGCCGGGGAUAGCGAAGAGGGUGCAGCCACCGUUUAUGCGGCAAGUCCGGAAACCUUUUCUGGAGCCCUGUAUUAUAAGCAGGAGAUCACCGAAUCCGGUGAAUUCAUGGACGUCGUAAGCUGGUGGGAACAAGAGCAGGGUAGGCUAGUACAUCAGCAACAUAAUCAACGCCUCACACACGUGUAGUAGGAAGGUCUCAUAGAAAGUCUUAGACACACAACUCGUUUGAGUGAUCUCACGAAGAGUUGCUUCGGAACCAAAUUCCAAUCGAUUUUAACGUGGCAGUAAGAAUAACGACAAAACCUGUACUUACCGCACAAAGUACUUCCACAAAGACACCACUGCCUAUGAUGUCUUUCCGCCUCGGUUUUAUCUUUUUUAUUUGAUAACACAUAUAGAAUAUGCGUGAUCCAAUUCGAUAGCAAAACGUUUCUCGCUCGAGUUCCUUAAUACAACUAUUUCAACUAUAAGCAAAGUGAUUUCUGCAUUAAUUAGAGUAAUUCCUUAAAAUCGUAAUAUGUGUGUUUGAAUUACGAGGAAAGAUUGACAAAUUUAUUAAAUUUUUAUAAAUUCAAGUAUAAGUAAAUAAGUUUUUUAACGACCAUAGUGAAUAUUUAAAUUCUUUAAAAAAUUCAGUAUAUCUAAGUACAUACCUAAAUACUGUGCAGAGGUAAGAAAUUGACUAGCAAAAGAAAUUUUUGUUACUACCAUAUUUCUAAACUGCGGAUGUUUAUGCAAAUUUGGAAUUCUUCUUCAUUUUUUUGGUAUUUUGCAUUCGUAGAUUUCUCGUAAAUAUAUAAUCAUCCCGAUUCUACAUAAUUCAAAUCAAAUAAUGUAUGACAUCGCGUGACGAAGAGGACAAGUAGGACUUUUUGAGAUCGAAUAAGAUACAAACUUCAGAGUAUUCUGUGGAUCCAAAGUAAUUACCGUUAAUACAAGGUAAAGAACAAAUCAAAAAGGUGGAACGUAAUUAUUCCUAUCUAUCUCUGUGCAGUUGAAAAUAAAAUAAUGAGAUUUUCGAAUGUACUUUAUUUUGCUUCUAUGCCAUUUCACUAACCAUCUUCUCACUUCUGCAUAGUACUUGCAUUUAUACAUUUUGUUGUCUUUCAACGUGAUUCAGAUAUAAAGAUACAGCUGAUGAAAAUUUAUAUCUUAUUUAUAAAACAACUGUACGUAUAUUACAUUUCAAAUUUUUAAAAUAUUGCAUAAGUACACGUUCUAUGGUUUGCAUAAGACAUAAUAGUUAUAUACAUAUGAUAUUUUAACGAAUUUUUAAUUAUGCUUUUCUCGUCACUCAAUACCAAUAAAUAUACGAUACCAUUUAAGAUCUCGCAAGCAAAAAAUUUAAGUAUUUGUAAACCAUAAGCAAGAAAUAACAAAGAAAUUUCUGUUUUUUCUUUCUUUUUUUGCCAUUUAAUAAGAUUUUAAGAUAUCUACGAACAAGAAAUUUUGUAGAUAUCGUGAAAUAUAAAUGGUAAUGAAUUAGUUUUAACACAUACUGUUGUCCAUGUUAUUUAUACAGGCUAAUUGUGAAAUCGUGGUACAAUGGAAAUGAAGAUGACUUCUCACGCAAAACGAUGUCAUAAAUAUAAAUUAAAAUUUUUUCAUAUAAAGUUUCAUUUUCGAGAAAAUCAAAUUUGAAUUUCGUUAAAUACGGUUCCACUUUACUGCUAGAUGCAAUCUGCUUCCUUUACUCAAUCGGACUAAUCGUCACCAAUCAUGUUUGCGUUAACAAACAAUAUCAGACAUUCAAAAAUUAAUAAACAGCAAUAUCUUUUUUACUUCAUUUACAUUUUCCAUCCUGAUAGUCAAUUUUGGCUAUAAAUAAAAAUCCUCGCUGUUCAUUAUUCUCUACGGUCCUAUUAACUUCUGACUGAUUCGAUAUUAUUCUGUAAACGGAAUAUAGUGAUAACAAGCAAAAUUGAGCGAACGAAACAAGAUGGAACAGGUGUAGGUACUUAGCGAACGUUUGAAUUGGGAAAAUGAAAAAUAUGAAAUUUUAUUUUACUUUCAAGUUAAUUCUGCGUGAGAAACCAACUUCCGGUUAUGAUUAUACUACGAUUUUACGAACAUUCUGUAUAUGCGAAACAUAUUCUUGUUAAAUAAACAUAUUUUUAGAGAAAUACUGAAACUUCAACAACAGGAUAUUAUAGUAAAUUAGAAAUACGAUUUACAAACGAGAGGCGGUACUCUUAUUACUCAUAAAAUAAAAAUUCUUAUUAAAGUUGAUUUAUUACUACCAAACUUUGACGCAAUGUUAGGCAAAGCAAUAAAUUUUCUGAAAAGGUGAUGUAGUUUCACGUCCAGGAUGUUAUGUUUGACCUCGUACUAGUAUUAUGCGAAUUAUCAUUAGACUAAAGACAAUAUAAGAAUGAAAAGCGGUACAGUAAAAUCGAAGAAUGUGUAUAUACGGAAGUGCCUUAAAUGAAAUUGAGGGGAAUUGUAUUUUUUCUACUUUAACUUUUUAACGAGUAUUUAAGAAACGUUUUAAUAUUUAUAUUUAUAACGUUGUCCACUCAUUAGGAAUUAAUUAUAAUACAUAAGGCAAUACGCUUCGAAAAAGGAAAAAAAAAGUAAUUUCGCGUGCCAAAAAUGGAAAAUGUUACUCCCACGAUAUUAUUUAAUUACUAUUAAGUCUUGGUCAGUAUCUGUUAUGUUAAGAAAAAGGAAAAUUUAAACGAAUUAUUAUACAAAUUAUACUGAUUCUUGAUCGUUCGGUAUUAGGAGUACAUAAUAUUUAUCAAUUAAAUCAAAAUUGCAUAUCUUUAUAAAACCUGACUGCCAGUUUACGAUCGGAUCCAUUGUAAUUAGCUUAUUCUUAUACAAGAAUGUUACGUGAGUUACAAAAUCAUUGGAAUAAUUACAGUAAAAGUAUUGAAUAUAUGAAAAAUUAAUCUGAAAUUUUUAUAGUUACAUAUAUUCAGAUAAUAAAGAUUAUAUUUAAAUAAAAUUUGGAAAUAUCUAUUAUAUAAAUAUAAAUAUAAAUAUAAAUAUAAAUAUAAAUAUAAAUAUAAAUAUAAAUAUACAAUGUUUAUGUAACAUUUACCAUAGAAAUUUAUUCAAUUGAUAAAUUGUUAAUAUAUUAAUUAUUAUUAAUUGAAAUUUCGUUGAUAUAAAAUUCACAUUUGAUACCAAAUAUAUUACUUUUUCAUGAUUAUCGUAGCUAGAUACAUAAAAUCAUAUAUCAAAGCUCAUGAGAGUACUUUUCUAGGAACUUUUUGUACAAAAAAUUUUGAAAUUUCAUCAAAAUUUUACUAUUAUAAUCACGGUAGUCGUAUUUUAUUAGAGUGCUAACUAAAUUUCAAAAAGUACGUAAUAUAUUCAUAAAAGAAUUCUAUGGUAAGUGUUCAAAUAUUUCCGUGAGCUGCUGUAAAACAGUAAAAGAUUUACCAAUGAAAUUUUAGGAUCCUACCAGAUCCAUUAACAUAUUUUAUUACAGGACAAUGAGAUAAUUCAAUCUUUUAUUAAAGGCUAGAACCGUAUUAUAUUCGAACAUAUAUUCGAAUGUCUUUGUAAUUCACUGUGUAUCAUAAACUUUUUUUUUGUAUACUAUAUGUAUGUAUUUCAUUGGCACAUUUUUCACUAUGAUGAAAAAUAUCGAUUUGUUGUAAAUUCUGCAUUAGCCUAAAGUACUUGUUUAUUUCUAUUAAUUUAAUUAAAUGCGAACUUAAGUUACUAACGAUGUAGCAAUUUCUCCUAACUUAAUUAUAAAACGCACAGUACGUACGUCCAAUUAUAUAGAAGGGAGGAAGUUUGCACAGAAGUCUUAAAUUAUUUUGCGUUCGUACGAUACGAUAAAAAAAUCUUUGUAAAUACAAGUGCCUUAAAUAUAACUACAGUGGUAGGAAUUUUACUGGUAAGCUGUUUUCGAUAUGACGAAAAGCUGGGAUUUUCGGUUGAGUUAGUUCCACGCAUAAAUUCAUAUAAAAAUGUAAAGAUAUUAUAAUAGAAUAAUUCUUAUACAAUAAGAUGUGACAAUACAAAAAGAUUUUUACUCUCAAUUCCAGUCAACGACUGUCCUGCGUGUAAUUUUUUCUUAUUAUUAUGAGCGAAAUAUUCUGUACUGAGUGGCGUAUUUUCACUUUAUUGCGUGUAUUAGAAAAAUUAUAAUGUAAAGUGUAUGUAUCCUUCUGAUGUUGGACCUGUAGGACAGUGGAGCAAGGAAAGAAUUUUUAAAACAGAAAAAUUCCAUAUUUUCCACACAAUAUAUACUGAAACUUGCACUUUUUCCAUUUUACUACCACUGUCACUCAGUCCGAUCUAUGUAAAUAUUCCUAGAACACAUUUGAUCACAUUUACGAUCUUGGGUGAUUGAUCAUCUGACCAUACAUGUUUCUUUCGUAGUCUAAUUUCAAGUAAUCGGUAUCUUCCUCGCAUUUUUAUCGUUCGAAACUCAGCUACUCGCUAUAAACAUUUAUAUUAAAUUCCCAGUCCUGUACCGUAAGGAUUUUUUAAUUUGUAUCUCCUGUAACAGUUUUUAUGAAAUAUUUAAAAUACAUUUUAUUAUUUAUACAAUUCGAUUGUUA